GACACCAUUGAUUGUUGUGAUUAUUAUUAUAGAGAAUUCUAAAACUGUUUAUACUUUUUAUCAGUUUGCUUAAUUUACUUUUCAACAUUCAUGUUUAGGGUGGAACUGUUAUCGAUUCAUACGUGAUGUUUUCGCUGUGCAAAAUGUAACAGUUUCGGUUUCUCGGUAUCAACUGUUGCAAUGUUGAUACUUUACAUUAACCACAUCGUAUUUGCACAUAGCUAACGACAGACGUAGAAAUGGUAUAGCGGUGUUCCAAUUAGACCCAAAACGUGGCCAAAAUGCGUGUAAAUUUGCGUAGAUUCAUGAUAAUAGGCGUCUCUCUGACUGGUGCAUGGUUUAUAUACACGUAUUUAUCAUUUUUCGUAAUCACGAAUUCGUAUAGCCGAAACAAUUUCAUGGACUUGGAGAAAAAGUUAGAUAGUUUACAGUCAAAACUCGAUGUUGAACUGAGUGACAGUAGUGUGUUGUUAGAAAAAGUUAAACAGCAUUUAAUAAGAAGUGAACAGAAUGAGAAAACCAAGGAAUUGUACAGUAAUAACUUAGAAACACAGAGUAUAAUUAAUCCAAUCCUGCCAGUUUUAGUAAUAGCAUGCGAUAGAAUAACAGUCAAGAGGUGUUUGGAUAAUCUAGUCAAGUUCAGACCUAAUAAGGAGACAUUCCCUAUUAUAGUUAGUCAGGACUGCGGUCACAACGCAACCUACCAAGUGAUAAAGAAAUACACAGAUUCGGAUCCGACAAUAUCUGUAGUGAAACAACCAGACCUUUCAGAGAUACCCUUGGCACGCGCCAAAGUUAAAUUCAAAGGGUACUAUAAAAUAGCGAGGCACUAUAAGUUCGCGUUGAAUUAUAUAUUCAGAAGUUUGGGGCACGAGGCUGUGAUUAUCGUGGAAGAUGACUUAGAUAUUUCUCCAGACUUCUUUGAAUAUUUUCAAGGGACAUACCCGUUGUUGCUCAAAGACCCUAGUAUAUGGUGCAUUUCAGCGUGGAACGACAACGGCAAGAAGGAACUGAUAGAUCUCUCUCGACCCGAACUAUUGCACAGGACGGACUUCUUUCCAGGGUUGGGAUGGGUUCUGAGGAGUGAUACUUGGGAUAUGCUGGAGGCUAAGUGGCCGGAAGCAUUUUUCGACGAUUGGCUACGAGAUCCACAGAACACUCAGGGUAGAGCGUGCAUACGACCCGAAGUGUCGAGAACGUAUUCGUUCGGAAAGGUGGGAGUAAGCAAGGGGCUAUUUUUUGACUUACAUCUAAGAUACAUGCAGUUGAAUAUGGAGUUUGUUGAAUUCACUAAACUAAAUCUCACGUAUUUAAUAAAGGACAUAUACGACGACAAUCUAACGUCGCUAGUGUAUUCUCUUCCGGAAUCAACAGCCGAAGAUGUGAUCACAGGGAUUGGUACUGGGCCGGUCAGAGUCGGUUAUUCUAACGCGAAAACUUAUCAAAAAGCCGCUAAAAAAUUGGGAUUGAUGGAUGAUUUUAGAAGUGGCAUUCCCCGUACAGCAUACAGAGGUAUAGUGACAUGUUAUAUAAAGGGUCGAAGGGUAUACCUUGCGCCUAACUACGAGUGGGUCAAAUAUGACCCCAACUGGGGUUAAAAAAAAUAUAGCAAUAUUUGAGGGUAGACUGAAAUGUACAGAUUUUUUUUUCGUUUUUGUGGUUUUUUUUUCUUUGAGAUGGAAUAUUUUUAGAAUAUAUAGUAUGUUUGAUUGUUAGUGGUAAAAUUGUUGUUUUUUUUUUUUUAAUUGUAGAAACUGUAUGUAUAAAGGUUUUUUUUGGUUGAUUACGCGAUUUAUUCGUUGAUAUUUAUAAAAUUAGUAGAGAAAUGAUUGGCCAAAUUAAAUUGUUUUUAUGUAUGUUAUGUAUAAUGUUUGUAAACGGAUGACCAAUAUGGAAGCUAUUUGAGGGAUAAAAUAAUAAAAAAAAAAUAGAAGUAAAUGUGUUCGUAAAAUUGAGUAUUUGAAUA